ACACGGCGCCAUUUUGUUUGGUUGUAGCUCCCCGGACUGUGCUGUAGGAGGAGGCGGAGGAGGAGGAGGAGGGCUGGAGAAGGAUAUAUCACUGCGUGCGGCGGCAAAAUAAGGAACGCUACGAUAGGAGCGUGUUGUGUUGGUCGUCCCCCACCACCUCACUUGUGAGAAGGUGCUGGGACGAUGUUCUACGCCCACUUUGUGCUGAGCAAACGUGGGCCGCUGGCCAAAAUCUGGCUGGCGGCCCACUGGGAUAAGAAGCUGACCAAGGCACAUGUGUUUGAGUGCAACCUGGAGAGCAGUGUGGAAAGCAUCAUCUCCCCGAAGGUGAAAAUGGCUCUCCGUACAUCUGGUCACUUACUACUAGGUGUUGUCCGGAUUUACCACAGAAAAGCCAAGUACCUGCUUGCUGACUGCAAUGAGGCCUUCAUUAAGAUCAAAAUGGCCUUUCGUCCAGGUGUGGUUGAUCUGCCUGAGGAGAACCGAGAAGCUGCCUACAAUGCCAUCACCUUACCCGAGGAGUUUCAUGACUUUGACCAGCCUCUUCCUGACCUAGAUGAUAUUGACGUUGCUCAGCAGUUCUGCCUGAAUCAGUCUCGUGUGGAGGAAAUCACCAUGCGAGAGGAAGUGGGCAACUUGAAUUUGCUGCAAGAAAAUGAUUUUGCGGAUUUUGGAAUGGAUGAUCGAGAGAUGAUGCGAGAGGAGAGCGCGUUUGAGGUGGACAUUAUCCACGGAGCUUCUGCUUCUAACCUGCUGCUUGAGCCCGAGUCAAGCAGUGGACAGAUAACUGAUAAAUCCAACCACCUUGAGUACGACCAGUACAAAGAUGAUUUUGGAGACAACCCUAUGGAGAGCACCGAGGGUGGCAUGCUGGUGGACAAGCUUCUCAGUAAUGAAGAUGGAGGUGGCAUUUUUGACGAUCCUCCUGCCAUUGCGGAGAGUGUCAUGAUGCCGCAGGAUCAUGGUGGGGAUGACGAUGACGAUUUUGACAACCUGUCCCCGGCAGGAGGUCCAGACAGUCCAGACUCUGGUCCAGUGGAGCAGCUUCCCACAAUGACUGACCAGACUGAGCAGACAACACUGGUGCACAACGAAGAGGAGGCUUUCGCCCUGGAGCCAAUUGACAUCACAGUGAAGGAAACCAAAGCUAAGAGGAAGAGGAAGCUAAUUGUGGACAGCGUGAAGGAGCUGGACAGCAAGACAAUCCGGGCUCAGCUGAGUGAUUACUCAGAUAUUGUCACCACUCUGGAUCUGGCACCUCCUACUAAGAAGCUGAUGAUGUGGAAGGAGACAGGAGGAGUGGAGAAGCUCUUCUCUCUGCCUGCUCAACCUCUCUGGAACAGCAGGCUGCUUAAGAUGUUCACAAGGUGCCUGACCCCGCUCGUGCCAGAAGAGCUGAGGAAGAGGAGGAAGGGUGGUGAGGCAGACAGUCUGGAUGAGUUCCUCAAAGACCUGGAGAACCCUGAGGUACCCAGAGAGGAGACCUUAACACAGCAGAGGGACAUUAUUGAUCAGACCAUCUUGGAGGAGCCUAGUGUGUUGCAGGCCUCUGCCAUGGAGGGCAGUCGUACCACCUUGGAUGAAUCGGUCAUGCCUCCCCCCUCUGGCCCCCGGGGCCAGAAGCUCAAAGCCCAGGACGCAGAGCCUGCCUUACCUAUGCUGGAGGAUGACCGCUCCUCUAUUGUUUCCACACGGAUCAAUGUGCAGCCAGUGGAGCUCCCUCCAGAAGAGCCUACUAACAUCGCCCAGCUUAUUCCAGAGCUGGACCUCCUUGGAGAGAAGAGCAAGGAGAAGAAGGAUGAUGAUGAUGAUGAAGAGGAGGAGGAGGGCCAGGGUGGCGAUCAGGACCAAGAGGAGAGGAGAUGGAAUAAAAGGACCCAGCAAAUGCUACAUGGCCUGCAGAGGGUGAUUGCCAAGACUGGAGCAGAAUCAAUCAGCCUGCUAGAACUUUGCAAGAAUAACAACAAGAAGCAGGCAGCAGCCAAGUUCUACAGCUUCCUUGUGCUGAAGAAGCAGCAGGCAGUGGAACUUACCCAGGCCGAGCCCUACAGUGACAUCAUUGCCACUCCUGGUCCCAGAUUUCACAUUAUAUAGACUACCACUCCAUACAGUCAAGUGACUUUACACUGGCAGGUUUAUUAUUUUACUGUUUUUGUUUGUAUAUGAUGUUACAUUUAUGUCAUUGUGUAUUUUUAUUGCAACCUACAUGUGCUGUCUUGUCUCUCAAGUAGAAUAAGAUUCUUAUGUUGGGACAGGAUUUGGAGCUCUUAUUUUAUAUAGAAUCGUGUUGCAGUCAUGUUGCAUUUACUAUGAACACUACAGAGCAACAGUAGGUUUGUAGCUUUGAGCACUAUUUAAAAAUUGAUUUCAGAUAGGUUUCAUGUUGGUUCCGUUAUGAUUAAGACUUUAUUAAUGGUCAUUUGUUUGUCCAACAUUUCUUAUUUACAUUUGUGACUGGACAAGGUCCACUCAUUGUGCAUGCUCCAAGUAGAAUAUGUUGGCUGACUUAAAAUAGGUUUGCUUGCAUUUUCAAUAGACUGAUGGUUCUCCUCUGCAUAAGCUAAGUAUCAAAAGAAGUGCUCCGAAAUAUCACAAUAAUGUUUGAGGUACCAAAAGGACAAAAGUUCUGUCAGGAAAAACAAGUGUAAAAAGGUAAGCUGGGAUGGAUGGCUUUGUGUUGAAGGCUAUCCAAGUCUUUUAAGAAUUGAGUACGGUUGUGUUACAAAGUUUACAUGGAAAUGGUUGUUGCCCCAAAGCUCUUAGAGCAUGAAUGUUAUGAACAUGCACCCAAGGGCAGCUUUGAGUUUGUCAUCCUGACAAAACUGAAAUGAGACUGAUUGUUAUUUACUGUGAUAAGCAUUAGAUAAAAUGCUAUAUUGAUAUUGUGCCAUUUGUUUAAAAUGUUUUUUUCUUUAUCUGUUCUGUAAGCACUCUGAAAAAAUACGUAUGUGUUUUUUGUCUUCAGUUGCUGUUAUCUAUGAAAAGCUCAAAUCUUUUUAAAAUGUUGUUACAGAAAUUAUGACUAUUUGUUUUUAUAUUCUACUUUAUGUGACAUGUUAUCAUGUCCCGUUACAGUUCAUACUUGCCUUGUAAGCUUCUAUUCUGUUUGUUUUUAUGAAAACUGUUGAAAAUACUAAGUAUUACAUCACUUUUUGUUAUUGUAUGCUUGUAGCCUUGAACUGAUACAUGUGUUAUCUAAUUUUUGUAAUAAAAUGUUGAAAAAUGUUAAAA